AUGCCUAUUUGGGCGCAGCUAAGCAGCUCCAAGACCUCCUCCCCGGUCGGACGGUUUGGUUUUGGUUCUUCGGGCACGAGCACCGCUUCGCCGCUUCGCCCACGAGAAGCUGAAGCUGAGGUCCCAUGGCUUCAAGUCCCAUGCCUUCCACGGCCGGAUGGGCAUCGGUAUAAGAUCACGCCGAAGCCCGCGCGCCACAAGGAGCACAAGCUCAAGGCCUAUGACCAGCGAUUGUUCCAGAAGAUUCCGGACAAGGGUCACAAGACGCAGAAACUGGGCUUCAAUGGGUAUUUCAAGAUCCAGGUGACUGGAGCGGAGCUAUUGGCCACCUAUAUCUCUGCGAAGUGCAAGGAUGAGACCGCGGGCGGCUGCGGUGCUGGCUACAAUCUCACCCACGGUGAGACCUAUGCCAAUGAGAGCAUCACCGUGGAUUUGACCACAGGAGACCUGACCCAGGAGUGGGUCUAUAUGAACACGGGGAUCCUCACCGUGCCUGAGUCAAACAAGCAGCAGGUUCUGGAAGCCACCCCGCUCCCUUGGCCGCAAAAUGCGUCGCACCAGGGGGUUUUCUGGAACUCGGAGCACACCAGCAUGGACUGA